UCCCCCCAUCGCAAGAACCAACUUUUGCCCCCCCAAAUCCCCCCCUAAACUCUCGAAUCCCCCACCCCAUUGCGAGAUCCCGCACCAGAUUCGAUCUCCCCCCUCCCCAAACCCGUCCCCGUCCCCGAAUCCGCCGUUUCCACCCCCCGAAUCUGGCGGCCGGAGAUCGGGCCCGGGAGGCGGCGGCAGCGGCCGGCGGAGCUCGAUCUGUCCGUCCGAGCCGAGGCGGCCCGCGCGGAGGCUAGCUGCGGCGCGGCAUUGGGCUUCGACGCGCUCUUCCGACAAAAAAAAAAAGGAAUGGCGGCGCCGGGGAGCAGCACUGGCGGUGGCGGCAGCAGAUCCCAGCAGCAGCAGCAGCCGCAGCAGGACAAGCAGAGUAUAUGGGUUGGCUGUUUCUCUGGCUUGUCAUGCUUCGGGUCGCAGAAGGGUGGAAAGCGUAUAGUUCCUGCAGCACGUAUGCCCGACGGGAACACAUCGACUAACCGUGGAAAUGCUCAGUCUGGUGGCAACGCCAACCAAAAUGGGGCCAUGAAUCUGUCCCUCCUCGCGCCACCGUCAUCGCCGGCGUCCUUCUCCAACUCUGCACUUCCGUCGACUGCCCAGUCACCUAACUGCUUCCUAUCAAUCUCUGCAAAUUCUCCUGGUGGCCCAACAUCUAACAUGUUUGCCGUCGGACCAUAUGCCAAUGAGCCUCAGCUCGUCUCGCCGCCGGCAGCCUUUUCGACCUACACAACCGAGCCAUCCACAGCACCACUGACCCCUCCUCCUGAGCUAGCUCAUGCGACCACUCCGUCCUCUCCGGACGUCCCGUAUGCCCGGUUCCUCUCGUCGUCUAUGGGUCUUAAAACUGCAGGCAAAGACCACAACAUGCAUUACUACUCUGGUGGUUCAGGGCUCCAGGGGCCUUACCCACUUUACCAGCCAGGGAGCCCUUCUAGCAGCCUCAUUUCGCCUGCCUCUGUAACUCCGAGGACCGGCCUUUCCUCGCCUAUCCCUGAGCAAAAUGUUCCUACUGCUGCUCACUGGAAAACGUCUAGGUCUGCCUGUGACACGCCAUAUUCAAUCGCUUCACCCAUACCCGAGCAAGAGGUCCCUACUGCACACUGGAAGCAUUCCAGGUCUGCCUGUGACACUCCGUAUUCCAGGACAUCGCCGUCAAACAUCUUCGGGCUUGAUUCAGCUGCCACAAGAAACUCCCUGCUAGACAGCAACUUCUUCCGCCCGGCGGCGUCUGCUCAGUUCUACCUGGACCAGGCUUACAAUGGUGGCAGGCUCAGCGUCUCGAGGGACAAGCAACAAGAUGUUGAUGAGGUCGAAGCAUACAGGGCAUCGUUUGGGUUCAGUGCAGAUGAGAUGGUUACGAGCACUCAGCGUUACGCAGAAGCACCGGAUGCCGCGCUCGAUGAUGGAUUCAGCAUAUCCCCAUUUGGUAACAGUGCCCCUGCUAAUAACACAGAGGAGGUGUGCCUGUUCAAUGAUCCUCUGCCUAAUCAUGUGAGUAAGAUGGGUAGAUCACUUUCGAAUGCAAAAGAGAUGAUGUCAAGCCCCUCAAAGAAGCCAGCAGACCAGCUUCCACAUAAGGCAGUGCACCUUGAUAUAUUCAAAGGAACAAAAGGGGGGUAUCUGUCCGAGGACGACGCGUCGGCUGCGAAAGACUGCCAUCCGUUCAGGAUGACGCGGGAUGAGAUAUCUCUGAAGCCCAUAGAGGUGAGGAAGAAAUCCCCGGGUGGGCAGCAGGCGUGCUCGGACGCUGAGGUCGAGUUCAGAAGGGCGAGGAGCCUGAGAGAAGCCAACAGCGUCCUGUCGUGGCGCAGCACGCUGUCAAGAAACCUACAGUAACUGAUAAGUCGAAGAGUUUCCUCCCUUGGCCGCCUAGUGUUUGUUUGCUGAUUGAUUGGAGGUGUUAGAAGUGAUCUAUAGUCGAAGAGCGAGUAGCCUCCUCUGUAUGUGCUACACACAUAUAUGUCAAGGCAAACACAUUAAUGGACGACGCGCUAGCUAAUGUAUGCAGGGUAAGUUGGUGAAGAGCUUCCUCCCUUAGCUAAUGUAUGCGUUGUCGAUCGCUUGGAGGUGUUAGAAGUAAGUAAUCUGUCGUAGUCGAAGAGCCUGUAUCUAUGUACUACACAUAUGUCUGGGGAUCCUUCCUACUGCUAGCCCAGAUAUAUAUGUGAUGACCACCCAGCAGCUUGUAUUCAGUUUCAGAUUGCCAUGUUCCUCUUCUGUUUUAUGGAGACUCUGUAACCAUUAGCCGGCCUGCACAAUGAAAUGAAAGGGUGUUGCUCC